AUGGGAAAUAUAACUUUAUUGAACCAAUAUAAUAACACUACAACGGAAACAACUAAUCAAGGCAUGCAACAACAGAAGCUCUCGAGCAUACCAACAAGCAAUACGCCAAGUUCCACAGCAACGGCAGUGAGUACGCAGCUGCAAGAUAUAAAGGAAGAGGAAGACAUGGAUGAACUACGGGCAAUGGAAUCCCAUGAUUUAUCAAACGUAACGAGAGUCUCCACCACUCAUGAAGAAGAUGGAGUGUCACAAUUGCAACAACAAAUAUCCAUUGCUGCAUCCUCUGAAUUAUCACAUUCUGAUAGUAAUAAGAAUCUGACAAUGCAAGAUUUAAAACUUUUGAAUAAUCAAAUAGGAAGCACGGAGGAAUUAACAUUGCUACCACCUUUACCUAACGUUGAUGAACUGUCAAGAUUUACACCAAAUAACAUGGAAACAAGUGAAACAAACGAACCAUCGUUUAUGAAUCGGUUCAUCUCUUCGUCGAAUACUACUACUACUACUACUAAUAACAACGCAAUGGAUGAUAACACUUUCACAUUAUCUGAUUUCAACAAUACUCAUAAAUAUCCCAUGCAAAACGUACAAAUCAUUGAAAAUAACUUACCGGAAAAUACUGACGAAGUUGAUGGUAACAGUGGAAAUGACGAUGAACUAAAUGUAGAGGCAAACCUUAGUGUUAGUCACAUGAUUAAUGAAGAGGCAAACAACACUUCUUUCGAUUUAUCCAAGGCCUUAGAAAUUCCAUCAGAUAAUAACAAUAGAUCAAAUUCUAAUAAUGAUCACAAUGAGGGAAAUUCAAACCUUGCCAGUCCAAAGAUACCCUUAACAAAUAGAUUCUCCAGUACUUUGUUGAACCAAGAUCUUAACACAGAUAACCUCAAUGAUGGAAUCUUUACACCAUCUCAUAGGAAAAACAAUCCAUCAUCAAAUUCAGUAAUAAGGAAAUCAAUAUCAAAUAUCCGUUCUCAAAGAGAUAACUCAGUGGAAAUACGACCCAUAGAAUUAUCACACCUUCAAGAUACAAGUGCAAGCAUCGACAGAAGAGAAUCAUCCUCGGGAAUGUCCAAUUAUUCAAUGACUUCUGAAGAAAGAAUAUAUAAACUCCCACCAAUGAAUCCAGGAACAAGAAAUUCAAUAGAUAAGAAACAAAGUCAAAUGAGUCUAAGACCAGUCAUGACCCCCGUACCAUUAAAGGAAGUGGGCCUAUCAAUAGGAUUCCCCGGAAUUAAUACCCUUAGCGACCCGGCAAUGACAUUAUCUGAUUCAAUAAGUAUGUCAUCCAAACAUACAGCAAUAAAUGAAUCAAUGAUGAUGAUUCCCCCAGCUUCAGAUUCUAACGAAUCUACUUCAUCAGCCAAGAGUUCUAAGAUGCCGCCACUUCUAAGAAGAGCAUCUAGUGCAAUAUUGAGGAAAAAAUCAGUCAAAAACCUAGCUAAUAACCCAACUACUCCAUUGACCACUGCACCACCAUAUGAGUUGGCUAAAUUACGAUCAAACAGCAUCAUGAACACAUCCGCAUAUUCCAAGGGACCCACCUUUGAUCUAUUGAAGACUAACUCUGCAUUAGAUGAACCACAAAAUUCUUUUGCAGAUCCACAUAAGCAACUUGCAAGAACUUCUUCCCUGGGAUCCAAAAUGAAAAGAGGAUUUUCCAGAAUAAUUAGUGGGAAUUCCAUUAAAAGAAUUGACUCAUACCCGGGUGUUAAUAAUAACAAUACUUCGACCGCAUAUAAACAUAACUUGAAGCCUUCCCCAAAAUCAAAUAUUUCAUCACCCAUCUCUCCAUUAGAUAUGAAGCAACGAAUACCUUCAGAAAAUACGAGUCAUAUUGACUCAAUGCAUGAUUACUUUAGUUCAAAACCCUCUGCAAAAGGUAGACUGGGUACAUCUAAUAAUGUUUCUUCAUCAACUGUCAAUUUAGAAAGAAAAGUUCUUGUUGAUAUCGAUGAGUUAACAAAGAGGGUGCCCGUAGUCACAGUAACAGAUAGUAAAAAUGCAUAUGGUAAUUGUCAAUCAAAUAUUGUUUUUGAUCAACUUUUUAACGAUUCAGAUCAACCCAAAUCUAAUAAUGUGAACUCUACUUCAACCCCAAACUCAGAGACUCCUAAUGAAACUUUAAAAGAUGACUCUGAGCCAAUGACGAUGAACGAAUAUAUUAACCUAUUAAUCAAUCAACAAAGGAUUGAAGACGAAAGAUUCGCUCACUUAGAGGAGAAAUUCAACCAGUCUGGUUGGUGUUCCAAGAUGGAUAUUCUUUCAUUGAAAAGGAAAAGAGUCUUAGUCAAUAAAAAAUGGGCAGAAAGAAUUUCCUUUUACCAAAAUAAACUAGAAGCAUGA